CAUCUUCUGCAGAGGCCAAACACAGUUUAAUCCAGAAUCAUUAGCAUCUAUGGUUUGCUGUUUGUUGUCAUAGACACUAUGACUAUUUUAAUAUUUUUUUUUGUUUUGCUAUUUUCUGGAACAACUUUUAGCCAAGAGAAAACAUAUGUCCUUACAGCACCAAAGAUCUUCCGAGUUGGGGCAUCUGAGAAAGUUGUAGCUCAAGCUUUUGGUUAUGAGGAGGAGUUUCUAGUCAAUAUUGCCAUAAGAAGCUUUCCAGAUAAGCUUGCUGUUUACUCUUCUGGCCGUAUUUCUUUAACUCCAGCCAACAAAUUCCAAGAUGCUGUAACUUUAACACUUCAACCAACAGAUUUACCAAGAACAGAGAAUUCAGUCAACUAUGUGUAUUUGGAAGCUGUUUCUCCACAUUUUACAAGAUUAAAAAAAAUUCCUGUUUCCUAUGAGAAUGGAUUUCUUUUUAUUCAUACAGACAAACCAAUUUAUACUCCUGAUCAGUCAGUGAAAGUCAGGGUUUACUCUCUGAAUGAAGAACUGCAGCCAGCUCGGCGAGAAACUGUCUUAACUUUUGUGGAUCCUGAAGGAGUAAAAGUGGAUAUUAUAGAAGAAGAAGAUUUUACUGGAAUAGUUUCUUUUCCUGACUUCAAGAUUCCUCCUAAUCCUAAGUAUGGAAUUUGGAAGAUUGAAGCCAAGUAUAAGAAGAAUUUCAUAACCUCAGCUGUUGCCAAAUUUGAAGUUAAGGAAUAUGCAAUGCCAAGCUUUUCCAUCAUCAUAGAGCCAGAAAGUAACUUUAUUAGUUCUGAUAAAUUUGAGAACUUCAGGAUUGUUGUGAAAGCUAGCUAUUUUUAUAAUAAAAGGCUUGCAAUGGCUGAUGUUUUUCUUCGUUUUGGAAUAAUUGAAGAAACUGGAAAAAGAAUGAUGCCUCGUGCAAUGCAUGUAACUAGGAUUGUAAAUGGAGUUGCUGAGAUCAAUUUUAACAGUAAGAAAGCAGUGAGUUUUAUAGGGUUUCAAAGUCUAGAAGAAUUGGAUGGGUCAUAUUUAUAUAUUGUGGCAUCAGUGUUGGAGUCUAGAGGUGGCCUCAGUGGUGAAGCAGAAUUUGCUGGAGUCAGAUUUGCUGUAUCUCCUUACAAAUUGAAUUUGAUUGCUACUCCUCUCUUUGUGAAGCCUGGACUUCCAUUCUUCAUUAAGGUGCAGGUGAAAGAUAUAGCGGAUCACUUUGUUGGAAAUGUCCCUGUAACUGUCACUGCAAAAUCAUUUAGUGAGCAAAUGGAUGAGACUGAGUUGAUAUCAGAGGGCUCAGAAUCUGGGAGAAGAAAAACAAGCACAAAUGAUGGAACUGCUUUGUUUGUUGUUAAUAUCCCAUCUGAUAGCAAAAUAUUGGAGUUUCAAGUAAAAACUGCAGAUCCACGUCUUUCAGAUGAAAACCAAGCAAGUAAAACCUACGAAGCAAAAGCUUAUUCAUCAUUAAGUCAGAGUUAUCUAUAUAUUGACUGGGCUUCAAACCACAAAAUACUGCAAGUAGGGGAUUUCAUAAAUAUGAAUGUAUAUCCACAUAGUCAGUAUAUUCAUAAAAUACAUCACUACAGCUAUUUGAUUGUGUCAAAAGGAAAGAUAGUAAGCUUUGGAACUCAGAAGAGAAUAAAGGAUUUGGAAUAUGAGCAUCUAACUUUUCAGAUCACCCAAGAAAUGGUUCCUUCAGCACGUCUUGUUGUUUACUACAUAGUCAUGGGAGAAGAAACUGCUGAGUUAGUAGCUGACUCAGUUUGGCUGAAUGUGGAACAGAAGUGUGGGAAUACUCUUGAUAUUAAGCUGCAAUCAAGCAAAGAGAUACUGAAUCCAGCAGAAGUUGUAUCGCUUAACAUGAAAACACAAUUCAAUUCCUUUGUUGCUCUGUCAUCUAUUGACAAGGCAGUAUAUGGAGUCACAGAAAGAGGAAAGAGAGCAAUGGAAAAAAUAAUGCUACAUUUGGAAAAGAGUGACCUCGGGUGUGGUGCUGGAGGAGGACGAAACAACGUUGAUGUAUUCCGAAUGGCUGGACUUACAUUUUUAACGAACGCAAAUGCUGAUGAUUCAAAUGAAGCAGGUGAAACUUGCAAUGAAGUUUUAAGAACCAAACGCUCUGACUUCAGGGAGCGGAUACUCAAUGCAGUAUCCAAAUAUGCACAUCCAGAAAUUAGAAAAUGCUGCAUGGCUGGAGUAAAGGCAUAUCCGGUCACUGAGACUUGCAGCGACAGAGCGCAGCGAAUUCGGAGUAAUGAAAAGUGCAUUUCUGCAUUCAGAGAUUGCUGUGAAUUUGCAAACAGACUGCGGGAGGAAGAACCUAAUAAACUUCUAAUAUUGGCAAGAAUGCAUUUUGAGGCUAUUUUGGAACUGGAUGAGGCAGAAGUUCGUAGCUACUUCCCUGAAAGCUGGCUAUGGGAAGUUCACCAAGUUUCUCCAAGGUCAAAGACUCUGUCUAUCACCUUGCCGGAUUCACUGACUACCUGGGAAGUACAAGGUGUUGGCAUUUCCAAUAAAGGUAUAUGUGUUGCUGCACCGUUGGAAGUGCGAGUUGUAAAAGAUAUCUUCCUGAGCGUUUAUAUUCCUUAUUCUGUGGUGAGAGGAGAACAAAUUGAGUUAAAAGGAUCAGUUUAUAAUCAUGGAGCUUCUACAAUUAAGUUCUGUGUUAAAAUAGCAGCUGGAAAUGGAAUCUGUUCUUUUGGAGACUCUGCAACUACAGGAUCAAGGAUACACAAUUGUAAUUUUAAGAAUCUAGAUAGCAGUUCUUUGGCACCAGUGACAUUCAGAAUACUUCCUUUGGAAUUAGGUCUUCACACUAUCAACUUUACAUUGCUGACAGCCAGGAACAGUGAAACUGUGGUUAAAACAUUACGUGUAAUGCCAGAAGGCAUUAAGAAAGAAUUUAAUGCAGGUUUCACUUUGGAUCCACAGGGUGUUUAUGGCUCAAUCAAGAGACGACAAGAAUUUCGAUAUAAAAUCCCACUAAACAUGGUCCCUAAAACGAAAAUUGACAGAAGUGUCAGUGUAAAAGGACAUCUUAUGGGUGAAGCGAUUGCCACAAUCCUCAGUCCUAGUGGUCUUAGUAUUCUUACUAAACUGCCAAAGGGCAGUGCAGAGGCAGAGUUGAUGAGUAUUGCCCCGGUAUUUUAUGUGUUUCGCUAUUUGGAAGAGUCAAAUAACUGGCAUUUACUGGGUCCUGAAACCUUAACUUCAAGAACUCAAAUGAGGAGGAAGAUGAAAGAAGGAAUUGUGAGCAUCUUAUCAUUCAGAAAUUCUGACUUCUCAUAUAGCAUGUGGAAGAAUGGGCAAGCUAGCACAUGGUUGACUGCUUUUGCUUUAAGGAUUCUUGGACAAGUUAAUCAAUAUAUAAAUCUUGAUCAAAUUUCUGUUUGUAAUUCACUUCUGUGGUUGAUUGAUAACUGUCAAAUGCCAGAUGGGUCAUUCAGUGAAUUUUCAAAUUACCAACCAGUCAAACUACAGGGUACAUUACCUAGAGAAGCUAAAGAAAAAUCUUUGUAUCUCACAGCAUUUUCUGUUAUUGGAAUUGAAAAGUCAAUUAAACUAUGUCCUACUCAGAAAAUCCAUGAUGCUAAAAAUAAAGCAGGAGAUUAUUUGAUGAAAAAUGUGCAGUCUGCGCAAAGCCCCUUUACUAUGGCAAUAACUUCAUAUGCUUUAGCUCUUGUGGAUUUGAACCAUUACUCUGCACGGUCGGCAUUCUCUGCACUGAAGAAGGAAGCAUCUGUCAUAGGUGACCCUCCUAUUUAUCGUUUUUGGAAAGAUACUUUCAAAACACAAGACCAACACACUCCCAGCUCUGCUACUGCACAAAUGGUUGAAACUACAGCGUAUGCCUUGCUUACUACUUUGCUAAGAGGGGACAAAAACUAUGCUAAUCCCAUCAUCAAGUGGUUGUCUGAAGAACAAAGAUAUGGUGGAGGAUUUUAUUCAACUCAGGACACAAUUAAUGCCCUUGAGGCUUUGACUGAGUAUUCCCUUCUUGUCAAACGGCUUAAUUUGGACAUGAAUGUUAAGGUAGCAUACAAAAACCACGGAGACCUUAAUCUAUUUAAACUGACAGAAGAUAGUUUCGUGGGAAGAACUAUGACAGUACCUUUGGAUGAUGACAUAUAUGUAAGCACUGGAAGCAGCACUGGCAUAGCUACAGUAAAUGUGAGGACAGUAUAUAAUACAAUUGGUACUUCUGAAGAGUCAUGUGACUUUGAAUUGAAGAUUGUCCCGAAGAGAGAUGAUGGACGCAGAAAAGAAGAUGGUGAACCACUUGGGCGCUUAGAGGCUUGUGCAAAGUACAGGCCUGGUGUGAGAGAGCCGCAGUCAGCUUCUGCACAUGCUGUGAUGGACAUAGGUUUGGUUAGUGGAUUGGAAGCAAAUACAGAUGACUUAUCUACUCUUGCAAGUGGAGUUGAUCAGUUGAUAGCAGAUUAUGAGAUAAAAGAUGGGCAUGUUAUUCUGCAGAUAGACUCUGUGCCAGCUAAUAAUUUUCUCUGUGUUGAGUUCCGAAUAAGUGAGCUUUUCCGAGUUGGAAUGCGAAAUCCUGGCACAUUCACUGUAUAUGAAUAUCAUGCUCCAGAUAAAAGGUGCACUAUAUUUUAUAACCCCUAUGGAAAUGAAAAACUUGUGAGAUUGUGUGAAGGAGAUGAAUGCAAAUGCAUGGAAGCUGAAUGUAGUAAAGUACAAGAGAGACUAGAUCGGUCAAUAACUGCUAAUACCAGGAGAGAAGCUGCAUGCCAGAAUGAUAUCACAUAUGUUUAUAAAGUGAACAUCUUAUCUCGCAGUGAGGAAGGUAAUUUUGUAAAGUAUUCUGCAGCUCUUCUGGAUCUCUAUAAAAGAGGGCAGGCUUUUGCUCAAAAAAAUAAUGAAAUAACCUUUGUUAAAAAGAAGACCUGUACAGAUGUUGAAUUGAGCCCAGGAGAGCAGUAUUUGAUCAUGGGAAAAGAAGCCUUAAAGAUAAGCAUUGGUUACAGUUUCAAAUACCAGUACCCUUUGGACUCCAGCACUUGGAUUGAGUGGUGGCCUUCAAAUACAGCAUGCACAUUUUGUCAGGAGUUUUUAAAUACAAUGGAAGAUUUUGCCGAAGAUCUCAUCAUCAGUGGCUGUUGAUUUACUUGGAGAAUUUUUAAAUUAAAAAUAUAGAUCAAAUCUCAUAUAAAAAAAAAAAAAUCCUCACCUGUUUAAUAAUUCUUUCCUGAACUUAACAUUCAUUAAUAGUUCAUCUUGAAAAUGGUCUUUGCUUGUAUUUCAUAGCCAUGUUCUUAUAACAUAAAAAUGUUCAAAGUAUGGGGUUUUUUUUUAAGCUUGGGUGGGAGAAUAAUGCAGAAUACUGCAAAGACAUUUGAAGUCAGAUGAAGUGGAUCAACUGUAAAAACAAACACGGAAAGUACUGUCUUGUGCCAGAAUAACACUUAGAAGCAUUAAAAUCUGAUGUCUUACAAAAACAUAACCCUUCCUUCAUUAAAAAAAAUAAAAGGAAAAAUAAAAUUGUUUAUCAAAUAAUUUUGAUACAA